AUGGGCGGCCUUCGCCAGCAUGAUCUGGUGGGUGAGUGAAGACAUGUGUGGCGACAUUGAAUCACAUGUGUGCCCCUUCCUCAGACCACCGGAGGCCUGUACGAGACGAAGGCGUCGAUGGAUGAGCUGCUGCACGCACAGACGGCCACGGGGUUCCCGGUAGGGACAAAGCGAGCCACGACAACCGAUGGAAGCAUGUGCUGUUGCUUGUCAGUGGCCGCUUGUCGCACGCAACCUGAGGAAUGGUCAGCUGUCCAGCAGCCAGUCAUGCCACCAGUACGCCGUCGAGAAGGGGGUGGGGGUGGAAAACGACAAGGAGCAGCGGGAAGCCGAGUGGCGGACGGCCGUCGAUUUGACGACCGCUGCGACUGGCAAGCUCAUCGAUGACUUCAUCGCUGGCACCCGGCCCGCUGACAUGGAGAGGCAAGUAUUUACGUCUCGCGCUGCUUCGUCUAUUGACUGUGAUGGUGUGUGUGUGUGCAGCGAUCAACCCGACUGGCUACGGUCGUUUCAGGCUGAAAGGACGAGGGCACGUGGGUGGUCCGAGAACGAGGACAAGCGGCUGCUCGAGCUCUCUAGCGUCAUGGAGAACGCCACCGGCGCCAUCAGGUAAGUCGCUGAUGUCUGGUCGACUUCUUCGCUCGCCGGUAUCUGCUUUGCAUGUGCGCAGUUAUGACGACCUGCGCCGUGACAUGGCCGCCGAGGGUUAUACGCGUGAGGAGAAGUCCUUCCUGACCAAGCUGCAAGGUCUCGGGUGCCGUAGCGGUCAGAAAUGGAGCGAUGCAGACGUGCAGCAACUCCUCGACGGAUGGCAGACAGCACCAUUAUGACAACGUUCCAGUGAUGGCCAAAAUCACGACCUGCAUUAACCGGAACACUCGUCUGUGUGUCCGUGACACUCAUAAAUGAAUACAGUCCCAUGAG